UGUUGAUUUUUUGCAUUUAUCCUAGUGUAGCUGGGCGGUGUUGUUUGUGCAAUGGAAAUUCUUUGUGACCCGCCUGAACGUCCACGCCUACUGCAUUGGCUGCCCCCGAUAUUGUACAUGUACCUCCCUGAAAAUUCCCACGUUCCAAUUCAGUAAAAGUAGCUUUAAAAGUUUUUAUAAAAUGUAUCAAGUUUAAAAGCUUUAUGAAUUAAAUUUUUGUAAUAUUGUAUCGGAAAAAUAAGGAACAAUUAUUAAAAACGGAUUGAAAAUGUGACAGAACUACUUAUCUAAGCGGAUUCGUUUCCUCCCCGAGGGCAGUGCUACCUGACACGUUUCUCUUUUUGUGUAUCAUUCCGCGGUUAGUUGUCGACGCCAUAACGAGCUCGAUGUCUGCCGUUAGGAAAUUUCGAUUUUCGGAUGUUUUAGCGUGAAAUGACAAGUGUGGCGUCGCGGAAACAGCAACAAGAAUACGUAGUACCCACGAGUAAUUCGCAGGACACUCAGCCGUCCCCGUUGGCGCUCCUGGCCGCGACUUGCAGCAAGAUCGGGUCACCAACGCACGAGGGUGUUUCCCAGGGCACUUCCCCGAUCAAAGUUUUGGGCCCUAACCACCAAGUAAUUCAAUCCGGAGCUGAAAUUAUAGCCACGGCCACCGGAGCCCACAUCCUGCCUUUCCAGCCACAAACUGUUGGAGUCCUGAAUCCCGACGGUACAGUCACCCAAGUCACGGGUGUCCAGCAGCAGACCACUGCAGCGGCCGCCAAUGUCCAUGUCUCGGGCAACGUGGCUGCUCUUAAAAGCAUACCCACCGUAGCCACAGCACAAAACGUGGCUUCAGUCAAUGGUCAAGUCUUCCCCCAGGGAGCGCAGAUAGUUACUGGCAGUCCUGGAAACAUCACCUACAAUGUCAUCCCCGCACAACAGAUCCAAAACAUACAGAUCGACGGGCAGGAAGCCAUAUACAUACCUGCUGUCCCACAAACUUUCCAAAUCGCUGGUACCAAUCAGACUAUAUUGGCUCCUGGUCAAACCUUUCUACGAGCUCAAGGGCCCACUUCCGUCCAAAAUGGUACACAAGCAGUUCUUCAAGGGAUGACUGGUACUGCUGUGGCCCAAAUCAAUGGCCAGAAUGUUACAAUUCGUCAAGGCAAUGUGGUUCAAGCUUUACAACUUCCUAUGCCCAUACAACAGACCUUUCCCGUACAAGUGCCUAUAACCAAUGCCAAUGGUCAGACUGUAUAUCAGACUGUUCAUAUUCCCAUGCAAACUGUGCAAGGUGUUCCUGGAGCUAAUGUUCUUCAAUCUCAAGGCCAGCCCAUCACACUUAAUGUACCAGCACAUAUGUUAUCUCAGAUAGCAUCUCAAAUGGGUCCUAUCGCUCAGGAUGAGAAAAAUAAAAUUGUACAUGACUGUGAUUCAUCUUCAGAUUCAGAUGAUUCUGAAGACUCUACAACCAAACCCAAAGUUAAUGAAAAAGAGGAUUGCGGUAAAUGGGAGAAACAAUUAAGUUUAAAGAGGGAGGAUAGUGAGGAGCCGGAAGAUGUUGAGCGAGAUUUAAAAGAACGUCUUGUUCAACUUAAGACUGCCCUGACUAGACAAAAAUUGAUUUCUGGACAAGGACAAGUUCAACAACUUCAAGUAGCGGCCCCAGUUCAUAUGUCACAAGCAAACUCUCAGGCAGUUACUACAACAACUUGGACAACUUCUGGUGGAAAUUCAGUUAUUUCCUCUUCAGAACCAGCGAAUGCUGGUCAAGGACAAGCAGUUACAGUCACAACAUCAGCAGCAUCCAUUAAUGGUUCACAUCAACAGCAGCAGCAACAACAACAGCAGCAACAACAACAACAACAACAACAACAGCAGCAGCAACAACAACAACAGCAGCAACAACAACAAAUGACCUUAACAAAUUUUCAGUUACCUAAUGGACAAAUAGUUCAAGGCCAGGUUAGUCAGAUAAUUGCUGGUAGUGGCGGUGCAACAUGGUGGCCAGGUUCGCCUGUAAGUGUACAAUCACUCGCUGGACUCAGACCUGCUAAUGUAAUACAGGUGCAGGGUUUACCUGUUGCUGGAUUACAAGGGGUUCAAGUGCAGGGAGGCCAGGCGCAACAAAUUAUAGCAAAUGCUCAGACUUUGCAGAGUCUUGGUUUAAGCCCCAAUGUUCUCGCUGCAACUGCUGUUCAAGCUACUCCAACACAUCAGCAGCAGAUUCCACCUUUAAGCCCUGUUCAAACAAUUCAUCCUGGUGCACAAAUUAUCACUCAACAGUUACAACAAGAUCCAAAUGAUCCUAAUAAAUGGCAAGUAGUGGCAACAGCUACGAAUCCUGUAGUCAACUCAUCUCAGCAGCAGACUGCAGUGAUUCAGAACUCUACCACUCCAACACCAUCUGCUGCAACUCCAACUGACGGUACUCCAGUUAGUUCAGAAGCAGCUGCUGGCCGGAGAAUGAGAAGAGUGGCUUGUACUUGUCCGAAUUGUAGAGAUUCUGAUGGAAGAAAUAGUGAAUCAAAAAAGAAACAACAUAUCUGUCAUGUUCCUGGCUGCAACAAAGUUUAUGGUAAGACAUCUCAUCUUCGAGCUCAUCUCAGAUGGCACACGGGUGAGAGACCAUUUGUAUGCAGUUGGAUGUUUUGUGGUAAAAGAUUUACACGUUCUGACGAACUACAGCGCCAUCGAAGAACACACACAGGAGAAAAGAGGUUCCAGUGUGCAGAGUGCUUGAAAAGAUUUAUGAGAAGCGAUCAUCUCUCUAAACAUUUAAAAACUCAUCUCACAAAGAAAGGUCUACCAUCUGAUAUAAAAAGUGAAGGAGAAAUAACAGAUGAUAUGGCUCCCGAUAGCUGCGACCUUUCUAUGACGGUGGAUGUUGAACCUGAUAUUGAUCUUUCCAUAAAUGAGAAUGUAGUGGAGAGUUCUCAGAAUAUGUAAAUUUAAACUGACAAUUGACAUAUCAUGAUCAUACUAACAAUUGUUUACUUCACUGAAAUACACAUUUUAUAAUACAACUUCACCCUUUUUAUAUAUAAAUUUAGUUAUAAUUUUUGGAAACUUCAAAUUUGUUAAUCAAAUAUUAAUGCUAAUUAUCUUAAUUUUGGGUACUAUUUUGUUAUUUGGGGGCUGUAAAGAAAUUUUCAAUCUCUUACGGUGAUCGGUACUUUUUGUAUUGUGAUCACGGGUACCUAAUAUAUCAAUAUAGGUACUAAGGUGGUAUGUUUUUUACGGUCCUUUGGAGUGGAAUAGUACCAAAUGUUCUCGUUUUUAAUUAGGUAAAAAUUUGAAUGAGCUUUGGGGUAAUUACAUUAAAUAGUCUAGAAGUUAGUGUAUUUAUCUAAUAGCUUUCCAAACAGAAUUUGAUAUUCAAUUAAAGUUUUUUGUGUUUUAUCAAACAAUAUGAUUCCUCUACUUAGUUUGCAAAAAUGCUUCCUUUGAUAAUUUCAAGACAUUAGUUUUGAUAAGAAAGUGUCUUAGUUAAAUUACAAGCAAAUCUCUUGCAAUCAAAAGCCGAUCUAGUAUUUCUAAUCUGAGAUUGAUACAAUUAAAGCAUUUAAAAAGUGUUCUAAAUUUUAAAAGACAAUAAUGAAAAGUCUAAAUGGCUAAUCUUUUUUACUAUAUUUUUCUUCCCUGUUAUUUUAAUGCUAUCUAACCCAUCAGUGCUAAAAAUGUUUUCAUAAAUAAAAAUUAAAAAAAAAAGUUUUCAUAAAUGUUGUUCUUAAAUGUUUAUAUCCUGUUAUUAUUUUUAUAUGAAAAUAUUAAUGGCAAUACUACUUUAAAAUGUAUAAAAUGAAAAUAUACUUUAAAAUAAUUUUGAGCUUAAUCACUUAUUAUGAAAUUAGUCUUAAAGUAGAAAAUUUUAUUGUAUGAUCAUAAAGUAAUGUCAGAUAUUUAAAGCCUUAUAACUAGAAAGCUACUUAAUCACACAUCAUAAAUCUAGCUUAAUUUGUGUCAAAAUUGAAAAUUGUGUUUACGAUAAUCAUAUGUUUUUUAUACCCUUAUCAAUUAAAAACAAUUGAAUCUACUUCACGCUGAUUCUAAUUAUAACGAUUUCCAGAAUCAAAAGUUUAAUGAAAAUUUGAAUAGUUCUGUCAACUGUAAUAAUAAUAAAUUGUAACAAAUAAUUAUAAUAAUAAAAAAAUAUAACAAUAAUAAAAUUUAGUAAUAAUAAUAAAAAAAACAUCGAAUUUUAAAUGACUCUUAUGAAAAUUUAAGUUAUUUUUCAAAGUCAACGAAAUAGUUAUGUCAGAAAUUAUUUUUGUUACUCUUGUUUUAAAAUUUUGCUUUCAAUUAAGUUUGUUCAGUAUCGUUUACUGACUGGUUUGAUUAAUUUAAUAAGACUUUGGGGCAGUUGGUAUUAUUUUGAAAAAGCUUUAUUUUCUUUGUUAGUUAAAUGUGUAAAAAUAUUAAAAUUUUAUUCUUAGUGCAGCAUGCAUUUAGACUUGAGGCUGUAAGUAAAACAGUGUGCACUCUCCAAAUUUAUUUUUAAAAAAGGAAUUUACAAAGUUAAGCAAAAUACGAGUUGCGGAUCAACAUUUAAGCAAAGAGGAAAAAAUGAAAUCUAACAAAUCACUACUAAUGAAGGAGAGACAGAAACCAUCAAAACCUUUUUGAUUGCCAAAGAAAACAGGAAUGGAAGGGUGAUUUUUAUGAACACUUUCAAACUUUAUCAGGUAAUCAAACAUGUUCUGAUUUUUAUAAUUUCACCUUCCAUACUAGUGAUUUAAUAGAUAUUAAUUGCCACCUCAAAUAUGUAAAUUGUUUUCACUUCAUUUCUGACAGGGUUUCAAAGAGCAAUAUAUUAAGGAUGUUGAUAGCAAAACACCUUGCCUUGCAUACCAUUAAACUCCAAUGUUGAAAUCAAAAAUAUUCUAAAUCUUAUUAAAGAAUCUAUCUGAAAACAAUAGUUUCAAUAUAACUUUUAAAAGUAAAAAACUUAUAAAAUUGUUAAUUAAAAGAAUUUCAUACUAGUGAUUAAAAAUGGUACAUUUUCAGUUGGCCCUAAAUACUGAAUGCUAUAUAAUUCAUUAAUAUGACAUGCAAGAAUAGAAUUGGUUGAUGAAUUUUUGAUAUUAAAUAAAUUAUUCAAAUGUUGGGCAAUAAUGAAAUAUUUUGCCGAUUUUUAUAUAAGUUUUUAUUUUGUGUCUCAUUUUGUAAUAAGUUAAUGUAUAUUAUAUUUUCAUUGUAUUUUUUUUUAAGUCCAUCAUUCAGUUUUGAUUGAAUAAUUGUAAAUUUGUUUGUAUAGCAAAAUUAUUUGUUUUAAUUGAUUAUUUCAUAUUUAUCCUGCACUGCGAAUUGUCGCCUAUCUUAUUUUUCUUACAGGAAUGUGUUAGUACUGAUUUUAUUUUAUUGCAAAUCAACUUGGUUUUUGUUCAGAACUCUAAAAUUCUUGCAUGUGAUAACCUCACAAAACAAUUUUUAAUUUAAAACUGAAACCUCCAAAAUCAAGCAUGUAAAGAUUUGUAACUAUCUAUAAUACUUCUUUCAUGUUUUCAUUAACGUUACAUUUGUCUAUUUGUUAUAUCUGUAAUUCGUUAUUACUUGUUGAUAUUUUCACUUUAUGUUUCAUUAAUAUAAUAUGUCCAUUUUAUAAAUUACUUCUUUAUAUCCCUUCAAAAUAAUUUUUAAAUGAAAAGCUGUUACAAACAACUAGGUAAGUAAUUUCCUUUUUGUAUAUGUUACUAAGCAUUUUAAGUGUAGAUAUAAUGAUCUAUUGUAUUUGAAUAUUUGUACAAAAUUGUACAGAUUUCCAUGUUAUGUAUAGUCCUUUCCCAAUUUCUGCAGAAAAAUAUGAAAAAUUGUAUAGAUUAUUUACAGAACAAAUUGUUUAUAUAUGACUUAAUAUUUAAUAAAUAUUAUUACUUGUCUUUA